CAAGAAGGCGCUAUGCAGAAAACUGACCGGGAUUGUUUUCUGUUGCGGCUACUACUGGCAGUGAUGACGCGUCACCUGAUUCUGUGCGAAGGUAUGUGUAUAUAUCCCCCGUUUCACCAGAAUUUUUACUUUUUUUACAGCACCGGCUUCACGAAUCGACGAUGCGGCCUCAAUUCCUCUCUCUAGUCCUGCUGGCUAGCCUCUCAACAUCGACAAUCGCCCACGAAGAAUCAAUCCAGAAUGCAAACCACAUCUUCAACGCCAUCCACUCGUCCAUGCGCCAAUGGGGCUCGUCGCUGUACCACAAUGGCAUGUCCUUCUUUCUAGCCUCCGUCCCGACUGGAACGCAGUUGUAUCACGGCGGUAUGAGUCCUGACCAUGUGAUUGGGACGGAGUGGUUGGCAUUUGAGCCGGAGCAUGCGAUGCUGUUUGCUCGGAUGCCGCCGAUGGGUUCGCAGCCUGGUGUUCCUGGGCGGGGUCCACAUAAAGGACCGCCACCUGGCCAUGGUGGUCCUAGAGGUCCUGGAGGGCAGAAGCCAUUGUCGCUCGAGCCGCCGGAGGAUGAGGAGCCGAAAAAAUCUGGCUGGCUGCAGACCUACGUACCUGUCAGGGAUCUACGAUUGCUGUAUAUCGAUGGCAUGUCCGCUGGAAAGACGAGUAACGGAACCCUCGACUCGCAGAACCGGAUUCUGGUGAAUGAUUCAGUACACGAUGAUAGAAUUAUGAAUGAGUUUGCGCGUGCGAAGGAAUUCUGCCGUUUGUCCCAUGAAGUAUGGGAUGAUCGAUUGGACGGCGUGAUUCGCAUGGAAGCUGGGUUUGAGAUCAUCCUCUGCGAAUUCGAGCGCGAUUUACACCUGCUGCGUGAAGUCGAAAUCCAGGCGAAUAAGGGAGGCAUUCCCCGUCAUCUGCCACGACCGGGUAAGGACCACAACAAGACAAUGCAUGAUAUCAUCCCUGAUUCUGGGCCGUGGAUGAAGGCCAUUACGGCACGGUAUCAUGGUAUUGGGGGGAAUCGGGUGAGGGUUAACUACAAUCAUUUUGUUACUGCUUUCACUUAUGAGUUGGAUAUCUUCGGUGGUGAGAGCAAGGAGUUGCGGCCUCGUUUGAGCCAUCUCGAUACCUCGCAAUUAGAACCUAUCCGGCAGGAUCUUAAGGCGUUGAUUAUGGGCCAUGAUACCGAUGAGCCCUCGUUUGAUUGGCAAUCUGUUACGGACAUGGUGGUUGAGAAAUAUGCUCAUACAUUGAAGAGUCUGGUUUCUCCCAGCAUUACGGCGAACACGAAGCAAUUGCACGACGACCUCAAAAAGGUGGCUGAUCCAUUCUUCGACUUUGGUGGUCGCAACAUCACGGCCGAGGCGGAGCGUUGCGCAACCCAGUUCAUUCCCUUUAACGCCCCGACCCAAAGCGUCGCAGCUCGUGCCGUGCGUUCCAUUGCUGACAGUGUCUGCUUCACGCUACUUGAGGCAUUCGACGAACCCGACUACGACACAGCCGUGACCAAAAUUCAGGAUCUGGUUGACUACCUCGCCUGGACAACCUGGAAAGAGUGCCGUGGCUGUGGGGACAACGAAGUCUGCAUGAUACCUAUUUGGCCGAUGGGCAUUCUAGAAGACUGGGAAAACCCGACAUGUCGCGAUAUCAGGAACCCUCAGGAUGAUGGGGUGAAAUAUUGGGGAUGGGAUUUUAUCCCGGGGCCGACGAAGCAUGCUGAUUCAUGAACGCUAUGGUAUUCUGAUAAUCCUGUAUGUUUACAAAUUGGCGAGAUAACUAUGGAAUAAAUGCAAUCACUAAGCUAUGUAUAAUGCAAGGUUGGUUGAUAAGUCCGCAGCACUUCUUCCCAUCUUGGCGAGUCCAUAAGAAGGACGUUCGGGACUUCUCUCUCGACAUAAUCACGAUACUUCCCCUCCAUCCUCAUCCUCAAAAAGCACUUAAACGGCAUCGUAUCCUGCAUAAAAUACUCUCCCACCUCCCUCCCCAUGCCCUCCUUUUCUCCCUCCAAAACACCCCCAAGCACCUCCC